AUGCUUACAGCAAAUCCACUGCAGAUAGCAAAGUUCAGGCUACUGGACUGCAAGACCAAGGCUAUGAUGGAGGUUACAGAUUUUGUUGAAUAUGUUGCACUCAGCUAUGUAUGGGGUUCUUCGUCUAAUCUCCCAGAAGGGCAUCUACACGUCCUGUCUAAAGCCGUGAUCAGAGACGCCAUGCAUGUCGCAAUUCAGCUCGGAUUUCGAUAUAUAUGGGUUGAUCAACUCUGUAUUGAUCAAACAAACACUGAAGACAUGAGCUGCCAGUUAGGUCAAACGAAUACUAUCUACAACCAAGCAACUGUCACCAUAAUAGCUGCCGCCGGAGAAAGUUCGUCACAUGGUUUACCUGGCGUCGGGCAGCGUCCUCGCACGAUUCCAAAUAAGUUCACCCUGGACGGAACGACAUGGAAAUUCAUGCCCAAACCAAUUAGCUAUCACGUGGGCGACUCGAAAUGGUCGACCAGGGGCUGGACAUAUCAGGAAGCAGUGUUCUCUCGCCGGUGCGUCAUCUUUGCUGAUAACCAGGUCUUCUACCAGUGUGGUUGCAUGACCUGUGCUGAGGAAUUGAUUCAAGAUUUUGCAAACUGCGAACGUGUGGUUUUCCCCAUCUUUGAGCGUAUAUCAUACGAAGACUCAGAUACAGGGAUAUAUUUACCAAGGAGUUGGAGGUUCAUGACAUACUUGGAGGCAUACUCUAAGCGUGAACUAACAUACGACUCCGACGUAUUGAGAGCAAUGGAGGGCAUUUUUCGCUUCUAUGUCCAGCUGGAACCUUCAGUGGAACAAUACUGCGGUCUGCCACUACGAUGGGUUGGUUGUCAACUCUCAAACCUGAAUGAGCAAAAUGUUUACCGUAUUGCAAGAUCAAAGCAUGAUGAUGUUGUCGGUGCUUUUCUCUGGGCGAUGCUAUGGGAGCCAGCGUGGAGUGAAGUCCAUAUUCCCAAGACUGGUUUUGCCAAGAGGAAUGGCUUUCCAACAUGGUCAUGGUCUGGCUGGAAAGUCGGAGUGAGAUGGAACUUCUUGGAGAACGUCGAGCAUCUGGAAAAGAGCUUCACAGCGCCUCCGUUUGUGGAAACAGCAACAGGAGGACUUGUAGAACUCAACAACGCGCUUGCUCGGUAG